AGGAUUAAAGGAACUGCAAACAAGCUGGGCUGAAACCUCUCUUUGUUCAAGCCCAGCCUCUUCUUCCUGUGAUGUCAUACUACAAAUAGUGAGCCUUUCAGAGAAAGCCCAUCUCAUUAUACAGCCUGCUACGGAGGGAAAAGCCUCAGUUAGCAAGAGCUAACAUGCUUAGGAAUUUAUUUCGGAACUUUUAAAAAAAACAAACAAAACAUGCUUACCAGCAUCUGGAAUCCACUGCAAGAAAAACUAAAAAAGGAAAACUACAUUUAAAAGGAGCAAGAAGAAAAGAGAACAAAUCGGGAAUGUUCAAAUAUCAUAAACUCUGCAUUGCAAAGCAAAAGAAAAUUGCUCGCUUUAGCUUAAACAUUCUGGAAUGUAAAAGUACUUUAAUUCGGAAAUACUUAACAUUUUGGAAUAUUCAUCGAAACUACCACUGAAAGUUUACUACAACAGCAGUUGUAUAAUUGCCUCAGAACACAGCUUUUCUGUAAAUUUAAAAUCCAAUGGGUUGGCUUAACUGGCAUUUUUAAAAGACUGUCAAUUUACUAAACCCUGGAAUCACAAAUUUUCUGAAAAUCAGAAAAUGAGGAUAUUUUCCUGCUGAAGAGCCAAGUGGAAACUACAACAACAAAUUUCAUGUUUCUUUUGGAGACUUCAGAGAAAAAGGAAAUACUUAUAAAGCCGUCCAAAGAUCCAAAGAAUUUGCAAUUACACUGGAGGUUAUAAAGUGCUCAAGAUCUGAAUACCAAAUACGACUGCAGCUGAACCUAAGGACUUCCACACUGUAAAUUGGACGUGCCUUUAUAAUGGUAAGCAAUAACAGCUCCAACUGCUUUGAUGACUCCUUUAAAUACACUCUGUAUGGGUGCAUGUUUAGUAUGGUUUUCGUGCUUGGAUUAAUAUCCAACUGUGUUGCCAUAUACAUUUUCAUCUGUACGCUCAAAGUGCGAAAUGAAACUACAACAUACAUGAUUAACCUGGCAAUGUCAGACUUGCUCUUUGUUUUUACUUUACCCUUCAGGAUUUUCUACUUUGCAACCCGGAAUUGGCCGUUUGGAGACUUACUCUGUAAAAUCUCAGUGAUGUUAUUUUACACCAACAUGUAUGGAAGUAUUCUGUUCUUAACCUGCAUUAGUGUAGACAGAUUUCUGGCAAUCGUCUACCCAUUUAAAUCAAAGACUCUAAGAACCAAACGAAAUGCAAAAAUUGUCUGCAUUGCUGUGUGGUUAACUGUGGUCGGAGGAAGUGCACCAGCCGUUUUUUUCCAAUCUACCCACUCUCGGGGUAACAAUACCUCCAAAGCCUGUUUUGAAAAUUUUCCUGAAGACACAUGGAAAACAUAUCUUUCAAGGAUUGUAAUCUUCAUUGAAAUUGUGGGAUUUUUUAUUCCUCUAAUCUUAAACGUAACUUGUUCUAGUAUGGUACUCAGAACUUUAAGUAAACCUGUUACUUUAAGUAGAAGCAAAAUAAACAAAACUAAAGUUUUAAGGAUGAUUUUUGUACACUUAGUCAUAUUCUGUUUUUGUUUUGUGCCUUACAAUAUCAACCUUAUUUUAUAUUCUCUUAUGAGAACACAGACAUUUGUUAAUUGCUCAGCAGCAAAAGCAGUAAGAACCAUGUACCCAAUCACUCUCUGCAUUGCUGUUUUAAAUUGUUGCUUUGACCCUAUAGUUUAUUAUUUCACCUCAGAUGCUAUUCAGAAUUCAAUAAAAAUGAAAAGCUGGUCUUCUAGGAAAAGCGACUCCAGGUUCUCUGAAGUUCAAGGGUCAGAGAACUUUAUUCAACAUAGCCUACAGACAUUAAAAAACAAGAUAUUUGACAAUGAAUCUACAAUAUAAGCUUCCUAAAAUAAAGCCACUGGAACAGAAACUCGAAGUUCCUUCAACUGUGAAAAAGUGUCUGCUCUGACAAUUCUCCUCUGAAAGGAAAUAAAUGUGGACAUUUAAGUUUCUGGUAUAAAAACUUUUAUCCAAUGUGUUAAACAUUAAAAUGUAUUCUAUUCUUAUAUACACUCCAUUUUAUUUUUAUGAAAUAUUUUGAUUUGUAACUUUCUCUUCAUUAAAAAGAAAAAAAAACUUCUGAAAAGUUCCAAGUGACUGAUUUAAAUCAUGUGACCAUCUCUACUGUCUUUGAAUUUCUUAGUAAUUUUAUACAAAUACUGAAAGUUUCAUUUAAGCAUUUAAUAUCUGCAUUAAACGAACAUAAUUUCAACUUAAAUUGAAACUACAAGCCACAUUUGUUAAAUAAUAAUUAUUUGAAAUAAUAGACAUUUUAGAGUAAUUAAAAAUAAGUCUUUGCAGAGUAAUAACAUACUAAAACUGAAAAUCUGAAGCAGGUAAAAUUAAUACUUAGGAUUUUGUUUUUGUAGGCAAGUCAUAAAAAAGUAUAAGCUAUCUAACUAUGUGGUAAAAUCUGCUUUUAAAAUUACUAUUUUAAUCCAUUUUCUGGAUUUAACAGUACUCAAUUUCAACACUGAGUAUGCCACAAUUGAAAGGGAGAUUACUAACAAAAAAGGUUAUUUUGUUAAAUAAAUUUUAGAAAUACGACUAGGGGUAUAUUUAUAUCACAAUAAAUUAUAAAGUGACUGAUAUGUAUAUACUUUUCCAUCUUGGUUGAAGACAAAUACUGAAUCAUUGAAAAAAACUAAGCAAAUUUUUUUUUUGUAUGUCAACAUAAAUUACUGAAGUACUGGCAUAGUUCUUACUUAAAAAGCAACAAAACUAGUAGGGGAGAUAACUAAGUACAACUAUAUUUUCAUAUCACUAAACAUUCAGAAAUAGUAGUAUCAUGUUAAGCUAUAAAAUACCAAGUACAAUAAAACUUUCCAUUUCCAAUAUAUCUUCAUCUUAAAAAUAAGAAGUUCUCCAAGGUUAACUAAGAAAAAAAAAAAACAUUACUUUUUGUUUGAAGAAAAGCAUAUGUAACUAAAUUCAGUAUUCAACCUGAGUUUUACAUUUUACUUUUACAAGUCCUGAAUUGAAUUCUGGAAAAAUAUUGCUUUUUUUCUUUUUGGACAAAUAUUCUUUACGAUUUAAAGUAAGUUCCUGCUCUGGGUUUACACUGCAAUAAUUUCAGGCAAAUCAGAAUCAUUUUCUAGAUAAGUAAACUAAAUUUUCAAUAAAAUAACAAUGGAAGAGCCACACUCCCUUUAGAUAAACUUGACACAAAAUAAAACCUUUUAAAAAAAUGAGUAGUGAAGAAACUAAGCAUAGUCCUGAAUGUUCCAAGAAAAUUGACCAUGUUUUUAAAUGUGAAGUACCUUGAUUUGAUACCAAUCUUCAGAGAACAAGUCCAUUUAGCCCUUUAACAAACAUUUUUGAGUUGAAAAGUAAUAACUUAGUAACUUAAUGCUGACAGCAGCAUUCUUAGAACUUUUCCUUGGUUUAGAGAGCUGUCAACAAAAAGCAAAAAACAGAAAACACUUAAAAAUAGGAGUAAAAUAUCAGUUAUUAUUACUUUGCUCCCUGGGGAAGUUUUUAUUGCCGUCUGUCAACAGCAACAGGGAUCAAAAGUUUUGCUAAGAUUCUUUACAAACUAAUAUAUGACAGGUAUUAAUUUUCUCUUCUAGAACUUCAAAUCCUGUCAUAUCUUUCUUACAAUAACAGAGUACUAAAGUUAUUUUCCUUUAUUAGUGCCGCACUUUAUGGUAAAUUAUAUGUGCUGAGACUUUUCUCUUUACUCAAGAAAACUGACUUUAAUAGAAUUAUAAGCAUUUUAUGUUUUUGUUACUUAAUGUGAUAGUUCUAAGUUCUUUCUCCCCGAAACUGUGCCCACUGCUAUUUAACAUCUUUAUAAAAGAGUAGAUAUGGGCAGGAGCAGAUAGCAUAAUGGUUAUGCAAAGAGAUUCUCAUGUAUGAGGCUCCGAAGUCCCAGGUCCAACCCCCCCAACCCCCUACAGCACCAUCAGCCAGAGCUGAGACAAAUGGGGGGGGGGGGGUGCAGCAGCACAGGCAGUAGUAGCACAGGGGGUUAAGUGCACAUUGCAAGAAGCACAAGGACCAGUGCAUAGAUCCCGGCUCCAGCCCCCAGCUCCAUACCUGCAGGGGGUCGCCUCACAAGCAAUGAAGCAGGUCUGCAGGUGUCUAUCUUUCCCUCCCCCUCUGUCUUCCCCUCCUCUCUCGAUUUCUCUCUGUCCUAUCCAACAACAGUAAUAACAAUAACAAGGGCAACAAAAAAAAAUGGGGGAAAAUGGCCUCCAGGAGCAGUGGAUUCAUAGUGCAGGCACCCUGCCCCAAUGAUAACCCCGGAGGCAAAGAAAAAAAAAAAAGUAGAUGAUUUAAGUAAUCUUCCUUUUCACUAACUUCCUUCAAAGAA